AUGAUAUCGGCUGUGAAGAGAAUGAUUCUAAAUAUAAACGACUCAAGAAAGAACUUUCGAGACCAUCAUAAGCAUUUGAAGUAUAAUGUUUACAUAACCACCCAAGACAACAAGAAAAUCGGAGCCUAUCUGCUGGAGCCGGAGUGCCAUAAAGAUCCAAAAAAGUUCAUUGUUGCUCUUCAUGGAAAGGGAUGCUCCCGAGAGGACUAUGUAUCAAAUUCCAAGAUCCAUACUCUAGUGAACUUGGGAUAUUGUGUUCUUGUCCCAGACUAUCGUGGGUUUGCAGACUCUGAGGGAGAGUUUAAGAUUGAUAUGGUUAAUUUGGAUAUUAUGGCAUGCUUUGAGUAUCUCACAUCAAGAUUUGAUGCCCAAGAGAUUCAUAUGAUUGGACACUCAUUGGGGACUGGAAUAAUGGCUGAGUAUUACAGAUACAUAACGAAAAACAAUAUAGAGGCAAAGUAUCAUCCUCGAAAGAUGUUUAUGAUCUCUGCUUUUACAUCUAUUAUUGAUGUAGGUAUGGAGAAUGUUAUUUUCAGGACAAUCAAUUUUCUGGUUCCUUGGAUAAAGGAAAGAGUUUUGAAAGAGAUUGGAUAUGACACGGUGAAAAACAUAGAGAGUGCGAAGGGAAGGGAUCUAUUUCUGUACCACGGGAUGAAAGAUGAUGUUGUUCCCUAUCACCACUCUGUUACAUUGUCGAAGAAGUAUGGAGCUAAGAUCAAGCUUAGCGACCACGGACAUGGUAACAUCCUUAAGGACGAGGAGUUAUGGAAUGACAUUCACUUGAAUAUAUCUGAAGACCUCUGUGAAAAUAAAAUGUAA